AUGCCCGAUCGGCACUCAUUUGGCCUACCAGGUUGCAAACCAAGACUGAAACGGGGUGUCAAGAGCAAUCGCGCUUUGGGUACUGAUAACGGCAAGAGGAACAAUCCUAGGACCACCAACAUCGGGCUCUUGGGUGCACAGCAAAAAAUAGUUCAAACAUUCUGCCGAAUCCACGACAAAUUGCCGCAGCCGAACGCAACGUGGCAGCGCGUGGUCCCGUACACCCUGACUGACAGUCAGUUGAAUUUCACUCUGCCCACACACGAUCACAGUGCAGUGCAGCUGAGAGCCGUGAACAAAGUUGGAAUGAGUGAACCGGCAUUUCUCACCAUUCAGCCACCGAUGAAAAAAGUAUCCGGCAGUAACAGUGGCUACUCCUCCAUCUUUGAACCGUUGAAUCACGUGACAGGUGUCCUGACCUACAGUCUGUUGUCAGUUGGUUUGAUCCUGCUUCUACUGCUCAUGAUUAUUGUGUUUGUCUAUCGACGUAAGUAA